CGUUGCUUCUCUACGUUUGAAUUGAUUGUGAAGAUUUGACACAAAUUCGCAUCGCAAAGCAAAGCGGGAACUCAGCACCUGCGCAGGCUUUGUUGAAAAAGAUGACUAUUGCGCCAUUGAACGCUUUACGAGUAUCCUCACACCAGAUUCCUGCCUACAAGGGUAUCCCUAACACUUCGAUCCAAGGCAAACCCUUGAUGAUCUAUCACUCUGCGUUCCCAUCAGCCUCCGCGUCACAAAUUAAAGCUCAUCUUCGAGCAGUCGGGGUCGUCUCUCCACAAUGGGAGUAUACGAUGUUCAGGGAAACACAUUUCCAUUCAACCACUCAUGAGGUUCUCAGUAUAGCAUCCGGUUCAGCUAAGUGUUGUUUUGGAGGAGAGCACAAUGAGGCUAGGUUCGAGCCUGUGCUAGAAAAGGGCGAUGUGGUGAUUGUUCCAGCCGGUGUUGGUCACCGAUUACUCGAGGAUUAUGGCGGUUUUCAGAUGGUGGGCUCUUAUCCUUUCGGUAAGAGUUGGGACAUGUGUUAUGGGCGAGAAGGGGAACGAAACAAGGUCAAAGCGAUUAAAGACCUUGGGUGGUUCGAGAAAGAUCCGAUUUAUGGUGAUGAUGGGCCAAGCCUGAAUGUAUGAUGGAGGUGCUGGGCCGGUUGCGGUGUUCAUUAGAAGGAAAGAAAAGAAAUUCGUUCAGGUCGUCAGUAUUGCUACACGAGUGAAACAA